AGAAAGAGAGAGUGAGAGAGAGACAGAGAAAACGAGAGAGAAAGAGAAAGAGAGAGUGUGUGUGUAUGCGUAUCUACCAAGAAGACAUUCAGAUGGCACGUUGCGGGAAACCUCUCUCACGGUGAUGUGAUAUAUAAUAUAUAUUGAUAUAUAUAUUGGUGCAAGUAACUGGUUGCAUGACGCUGGAUGAUCUUGCGGGCGACUGGUGAACCUGACGAUCUCGCUAAAUAGUUUGUUGUUUUUUGCAAUGGAAAACUUUUACAUGUGAUGAAGACUUUUUUUUUGAAUUAGGACACCACGGUCCGUCUGUGACUCAGGAGGAACAGCUGGUUUAAAAUAAACAACUCUCAACUAUCUAUUACGCUGAUCCAGUACGCGGCAGUAUGAGGUGGAGACAACUUCUUUACCUGCUGUUAAUUUUCGCAGGUGUUCAGUUGGCCGAGGGCGGUGAGGAAGUCGACAAACCAUCACAGAUCAGAAUAGAGAAGACCGUAACCUUUUCUAAAAGCCGGAGCACCAGCACCGCCAGCAGCAGUAGCAGCAGCAGCAACAAAAGGAAAAACACAAAAACUGAAACCCCUGUGGAUACUCACGAUGACCUGACGGGCAGCGGCACGCACACACUCCUGCAUCACGUCGAACCCUACCGGCACUAUCCUUCACAGCUGCCCGUGCCCUUCACAAACUCUUUCAGCGUGACGCCCUCGCCUCUCGGGCGGCAUCGGGCUGUGGUAGGAACUCCGAAGUCUCCACAAGGCUCCGAAGGUCAGGCUCCACCCGUGAGGUCCUCCAAUGCCGGGCCUCUUGCACCCGCCGGCCUCCAGACGAAACGCCAAUCAAGGGCGGGAAGAACGAGGGUUUUGGCGCGGACAUUCUCGAGGAAGAUGGCGAUGAACAGGAAAAAUGCCAAGAAAAUGAAGAUAGUCAAAUCCCGCAAGGAUAACAGCAGCGGGGAAAAAGAAGAGGGAGAAGCAGAGGUAGUGGCUAUUCCUAACUCCGUGUCGGGAAUGGUUCAGGGAAAGGAAAGUUCUGGGGACACGGAAGAUGAGAGAGAUUCGCAGGCGAAGAACAACACGACAAUGAAGCCAAAAGCCAAGAGCGUCAUCAUUGCGCAAAUGAGAAAAAUCAUUUCCAGUAAACAAACGAAUCGAAACCAGCUGAGGCCAACUCCCGUGGUUCAUAUAUCUUAUCUCGGCGCAAGAACCGGAUCCAGGCCGUUGGUGAGUCCGUCAUCCGAAUCCACCUUCCGACCUCUCAUAGACAAAAAAGCCCGCCAACUCGACAACUCCGUCCUUACCACUCGCAAGAAUAACUUAACGAUGCCUACGAAGGACAUGAAGAUGGUACUCAUGGUGAAAGCAGAUUUGGCGGUGGCGUCGACCACAACCCCUUCCCCGGCGGUAGCGAUGUCCGAAACCGCGUCUCCUUCUAUGCCUUUGCUGAGGAUCACGACGCCUGCCCCGCUUGUCAGAGUCACGCGCAAGAAACAUGCUUCAAAGAGAGUCUUCCAGCCGGCCAAUUACCUCAAUGUUGACUUAUACCACGAACCCCUAUACUCUAUGUAUGGCCCACCCUAUGACCAUUACAAAUUAUCCGCUCACCUCUACCCUGGCGGUUCGUUUCCUUCCACAUAUCCCCAGGAACAUGCUUAUUACCCACCUUCUAGUUAUACGCCUCGUAUGUCAAGUUACUCAGGCCUUGAUUAUCAGCAGCCUCAUUAUUUCCCACAUUAUGAUUUCCCAAAGAAACAAAAAACAACACUCCCGCCAUAUUUCAGUGAUGAUUCUCCCCAGCUGCCGCCUCCAUCCCAUUCAUACUCCCCAUCUACUCAUCCUUCUUACUCCCCACCGUCCCCUCCAAAAUCCUACCCUCCCACUCAGUCUUCUUACUCCCCACCUGCCUCACCACAACCCUAUUCCUCCCCGCCUCCUUACUCCCCACCUGCCUCGCCACAACCCUAUUCCUCCCCGUCUUCUUACUCCCCACCUUCCCCUCCAAAAUCCUACUCUCCCCCGUCUCCUCAGUCUUCUUACACCCCACUUUCCCGCGCCACACUCACACUCUCCCCCAACCUCAAAGCCUGUGUAUAAGCCAAUCCUGCGAAAGAAACCUUCCAGAGGGCGAGGUCGCAAACUUGGUAAAUCUUACGACUACUUCAGCGAUGUUAGUUCGACCACGCCAGCACCUGUUGUCAAGAAGGUCCAUCAUAAACCGAAG